AUGUGCGGUCCCAUUCGUGCCUCGGUGCUUCACGGCGCCAAAGACCUCAGAAUUGAAAACCGCGAGCUCACUGCGCCCGCCGCGGAUGAGCUUCAAGUCGCAGUGAGGUCUACGGGCCUCUGCGGCUCGGACCUGCACUACUACAACCACUACCGCAACGGCGACAUCAUAGUUCAGGAGCCCUUGUCGCUGGGCCACGAGUCUGCUGGUGUUGUCGUGGCGGUGGGCGCCGACGCCGCAGCCAACUUCAAGGUCGGAGACAAGGUUGCUCUCGAAGUUGGCCAGCCCUGCGGCGAGUGCGAGAGGUGCAAGGAGGGCAGGUACAACAUCUGCAAAGGCAUGAAGUUCCGGAGCUCCGCGAAGGCUUUCCCUCAUGCCCAGGGCACCCUCCAAGAUAGGAUCAACCACCCGUCCAAGUGGUGCCACAAGCUGCCCGACGAUCUCUCUCUCGAUUUGGGCGCCCUCCUUGAGCCCCUUGGUGUCGCGAUUCACUCCAUUCGCCGUGCGAAACUUGCUCCUCAGAGCUCCGUUCUUGUCUUCGGCGCAGGUGCCGUCGGUCUGCUGGUUGCUGGUAUGUUGAAGAUCUCUGGCGCCAGCAACAUCUUGAUUGCGGAUAUCGACGAGGGCCGCGUCAACUUUGCUGUCAACAACGGUUUCGCACACACCGGCUUCACGGUCCCCAUGAAGCGCGGCCAGACGAUUGAAGAAAACCUCGACAUCGCACGCGAAACCGCAGCCGCUCUCGGCAAGAUGCAGAAGGCAAGCGGAGAGGAGUACGGCGAGGUGGACGCUGUCUUCGAGUGCACUGGCGUGCCAUCCUGCCUGCAGGCUGGUAUCUACGCAUCGCGGCCCGGUGGCCAAGUCCUCCUCAUCGGAAUGGGCCAUCCCAUCCAGACCAUCCCCAUAUCCGCUGCGGCACUGCGCGAGGUGGACAUUGUGGGCGUCUUCCGCUACGCCAACACCUACCCCACCGGUAUCGAAGUUGUGUCGAAGAAGCCCGGUCCGGACUACCCUGACUUUUCCAAGCUGGUCACGCACCGUUACAAGGGCCUGGACUCGCUUCCGGAGGCAUUCCAGAUGGCGGCAAAGACCAAGGAUGACCAGGGCAAUCUGGUGCUGAAGGUCGUGGUUGACACCAGCGACGAGCCACGGUAA